AUGAAUAAGGACGUUGAGGAGUGGCUGAACUAUACUCAAUGCGAGAGUGUUCGGUAUUAUCCGGAUACUCAAAACUUCGGGAAAAUGGUGCGCAUGAACGUACUCUCCGAUGCCCUUAACAGUAUCAACAACGCAGAGAAGCGUGGAAAGCGACAGGUUCUCAUUCGACCUGCCUCCAAGGUUAUUGUCCGAUUUUUGACUGUGAUGAUGCGACAUGGAUAUAUCGGCGAGUUUGAAAUUGUCGAUGAUCACCGUGCUGGCAAGAUCGUUGUGAAUCUCAAUGGCCGACUCAACAAGUGCUCUGUUAUUUCCCCGCGAUUUGACAUCAAGAUUAAG